CUGAUCGACAUCCCCUUCAUUUCACGGCCAUUGAGAAUCGAAUUUCGGGCGUGAGCAGGAUCGCAGUGAUCUGUCCUCGCUGUCCCACUCGCGAUUUUGCGGUUCUCAUAGAGCAUUCAUACCUUUUGAGCAAUCCCAAGCUUCCUCGAUUCCAGUGCCGGGUCCCUCCCUCCUGCUACUCCAACCACUACCACAGCCAUUAGCGAGAGUAUCGAACAUGCGCGCUAGGUCUGUAUCUACAGAAAGAUCUAGGUCACGCUCGCCAGAGAUGUCAGCUACCGGUCGCGAAAGAUCACGGUCUCGCUCUCCCCGUCGCUCUGUAUCUCCUCGCUCGCCGACGAGCCCGCGUGCAGGAACCAGAAGUCCUUCGCCUGGCGUUGGACGUCACAAUGGGCACCGAGGGAGAAAUUAUAGUCGGUCACCAUCGCGUGACAGAGGACGCUCCCGAAGUUACAGCAGGAACAGGGCCGGUGGCCGGUAUAGAGACAGGGCCUACUCGCGGAGCCGCAGUCCGGAGAGUCCUCGAAGGAGCUCAAAGAUUAUCGUGGAGAAGUUGACUAAAAAUGUCACGGAGGAACAUCUGUACGAGAUAUUUGGUACCUUUGGAGAGAUACAAAGCCUGGAGUUGCCAAUGAAUAAAGCUUUUAUGACCAACAGAGGUACCGCAUACAUCCUCUACUAUGAAGUCGCAGAUGCCGAAGCUGCUAUUUCACAUAUGCAUGAGGCGCAACUAGAUGGAGCUAUUCUCAACGUCUCCAUUGUCCUUCCUCGUCGUGCCUUUUCUCGCUCACCCCCACCUGCUCGUCGAGGCGGCUUCCCACGCUCUGGCUUUGGACGGCCACCCCCUCUGGAUGGUGGACGAGCAGGCGGUUUCCGUUCCCCUCCACCCCGGCGCAGAUCGCCUCCUGGGCGAAGAUAUGCUGGGUCGCGUGCAAUGGACAGACAUGAUCGCUAUCGCCCACGGUCUUUAUCACGGUCCCGAUCUCGUUCCCCUAGGCGCGGCCGCUCUUACACGCCGUCGUCACCCUCGAGGUCUCCUUCACCCGGGAGAGACUCGUUACGAAGAGACAGUCCCAGACGCCGCAGACGCCGUAGUCCCAGUUACAGCAGCUACAGUAGCUACAGCGGUAGGAGCAGAAGUGCAAGCAGAAACCGAAGCCGCAGUCGAUACGGCGCUGGCAGAAGAUAAAUCAGCAAGCAGGCGUUCUAGGCGCUCGGUCUUAUUAUGGGUGGCAUCUACUACUUCGUCCUGUAUCAUUUGUCCUUGGGAAUGUGGUAUGGAUACAGUGUCGUUUUAUUUCUCUUUUGUAAACUAUGUUGUGAGUGCCAAUGUGCUAUUCGAAGAUGUAUCUAGGAGUCAACUUGCGUGCUUGCAAGGACCGUCAUAAAUGUCUA